CCUGCCCCUAUAUAAGUGUGUUUUUCAGGAUGCAAUACAAAGAGCAAGAAGCAAUGAAAGAAAGGAAUAGAGUAACGAUAAGGAGUAUGUUCACACUCCAGUAAAUCGCCAUGAAGUUUAAAGUCCUGUUCUAUUUAUGGCUGCUGGGCCUAAUAAAGCCAGGCUCCUCUGCAGAUGUCUCUGUGUCUCCGGGCUCCUCAGCUGUCCUCAACUGCUCCUUUACAUUGCCGCCUCUAGUUGAUGAUUCACUCUUACACAUCACCUGGUCAUUCAGUGGUUUAGUCAUUGCCUCAAGGAAUCACACUCAACCAGGCUUUUUCUUGAACACCACUGCCUCCGUCAUUGGCUCCUUUCCACUCACUGUUUACAAUGCCACUCCAGACCAGCAAGGGGUGUAUGAAUGUAGGGUGAGCUACAAUGAAACCGAUUACUCCACAGAUGUGACUCUGACAAUAUUAGUUCCUCCACUGGUUUCCAUCAUCUUACCUGAAGUAGUCCUAAAAAGAAAAAAUGUGUUUGAAUGUUGGGCAAGGAGCUUUAGUCCUCCACAAAUCAUGUUUACCUGGACACGAGCAGGAAACAAAAUCCAUGAACCCCAAAAGCUGCAAGUGAACCGCACAGAGGACGGGCUGUACGAUGCAGUCAGCUGGCUAACCUUGAUCCCUGAAAUCUCUGACCAGAACACAAGCUUUGGCUGUGAGGUGCAACAUACAGCUCUGGUGAAACCUAUCCUAGAGGAGUUCACGCCUCACAUCAUAGUUCUACCGAUGGUGACUCUCUCCGCUGUUCCCUCAUCUUCACACUCAUCUCCACUCACCCUCUCCUGUGACAUCAGUGGGUUCUACCCUAACAACGUAUCCAUUCUAUGGAUCCAGAAUGGAAAGGUUCUUCCUGAGCUUCCCUUAUCCAUCCAGAAUGAGGAUGGAAUGUAUAGGAGACAUCAAUAUCACACUUUGAGUGUGGAGGAGAGGAGCAGAGGAGGAGAGGUGAAAUGUGUGGCCCAGCAAUACAAUGUGCAAGAACCUGCUUAUGGAACCAUUAACCUUUCCAUUGCUGACCCACGUGGGCAAAACCCAGGUCUGAAUAAGUCAGCCAAGGCUUCAGUAGCGAUGAUGAUAAUUUCAAUCACCCUUGUUUUUUUGCUCUGCUUUGGAUUUUCUUGGAAGAGAAGGGAUGAGAAGCUGAAGUCUCUGAAUGUCUCAGCGAUUGUUCUGCCACCGAGGGUGAUUGUGGGUAAGAAAGGCAGAGUCACUAUCAGUGUGGAAGGCAGGUUGGCAGAGAGGGUACAAACAACAUGGUUUCUGAAUGAUGUGCCCAUCACAGACACUUCAUACAAAGAGAAAAAAUCUGGUCCUUUUUACUCUGCAUCCUACACUUCUCGUGUGUCUGUGGUGUCAGAGAAAGGUCCUCUGCUGCCCUCUACUGCCUCAGGAUAUUACAAGCUACACACUCAGAUGUCACCACGCUCGUCCUCUGGCUCAAACAAACUGUUCUCCUCCAUCACAUUUAUACCCAACCUAUCCAUUCACAAGGGUGCAGUCUUCAAAUGCCACAUCUCAUAUAAGGGGAAAGACAAGAUUGUGGCCGAGAGAGUGUCUGACAAGUUUACUAUUCUAGCACCACCUGAAGUUUCAGAGAUCCAGUUCUCAGAGCCAAAUGAGGAAGGAGGUGUUGUGACAAUGGUAGCCCAAGCCUCUCGCUUUCAUCCGGACAUCAUCACCUUCCGCUGGUUCUGUGAGGGUGGGGAGCUGAGCCCUGUGUCCGUCCCGCCAGCGCUGGCAGCUCCUCGGCCUGAUGCUGAAGGCUUCUUUUCAGCCAUGAGCCAGUGCAGGCUGCCCCUGUUAGAGCUGGAGAAAGGAGAAACCAGGGUGUGGGUCACCGUUCACCACAUGGCCCUAAAGCAACCCAUCACACGGGAAACUAGAGGAUUCAUAAAACAGCCCACCGUUUCAGAAAUCAUCUCUUCCCUUCCAUCUGCUGAGAAGGGACCUUUGACCCUCGCCUGUGACAUAACUGGUUUCUACCCCCCUGAAAUCUCAGUUAAAUGGCUGCAUGUAAAAGGGAAUGAGAUUGAGGAGGGAGAGGACAGCGAAGGGGAAAUCAAAGCAGGAGCUGAGCUUUGGGGUCCUUUGCAAACUCUGCCGAGGACAUUUCGAGCAAAAGCAUUACUUAAAGAGCUGGAUGACACAGUGAGGGGAGGUGCGAUCGUGUGCAGAGUGGCACACUGCUCCCUCCUGAAGCCUGCUGAGAGAGUCUGGAGAAAUACUCAUAUCGUUGCUCCCUCAAUCCCUCCUUCUCUGUCGGUUCACUGGAGCAGAGAUGGUGUGGGAAUAUUCUCCGUUCUUCUCUCUGGAGGAAAGCCUGCGGCUGAAUUGCUCUGGGCGGCUGGUGGCACAACUGUCUCCAAGCUUUUGUCAAAAGAGAGAGAGAGAGAAAACAGUGAGGGGAAACUAGAGCUCAAGAGCGUUUGUGCUUUGGUGAGGUCAACAGGACGACAGGAAAGUGGCAGUCGCAGAGGAGGACAUGCACGCAAAAUCAGGCCGCCUAGUAAUGCAGAAUGUGAAAAGAUGAAUGAAUGCAUGGAAGGAAUGAAAUCAGUACAAGAUGACAAACAACUCGAGCCGAACGAGCAUAUGGAAGAGAAUGAUGAGGAUGAGGACAUAGAUCCAUCAUAUAUAAACACUGUGAGAUUGAGGAAAGAGAAGAGAGAGCGUCUGAGAGUUACUGUGGAGAUUACCCAUCCUGCACUAGGCUUGCCUGCGUACCUUACCUGGACAGAGCCUGCAGAGGAAGUGUCAUCUUGAUGGCCGUCCAUCCAACUCUGACCACAAGAUCAUUUAUACUUAAGUUUUGCUGUUAUAUUUAUUUUUUUCUUUUCAAAAAAUGUAUUUUCAUUUACUACUAAUAGCCUAAUAUGCAUGAAAUGUAUAUUUAGUAUUCAUUUAACACUUUAGAAUUACCAUCAAUUUUACUUAAAUAAACUCUUUAAAGUUAGGCCUAAGGCCGUCUUUGUUUAAAAUAAAAGUAUGUGAGAAAAAACGAAAGAACGCACCACUGUGACUAAUUUUGUCCAUGGACUAAGCAGACUAUGUUAAACCUCAACCACAACACUUGUGAAUAUUCAAACAUAGUGCACAUGCAGUUUCUGUUGAGCCUACACUUAAAAUGCUUUAGUUUUCUACCAUAAAAAAGUCAUAAUUGUCCAAACGCAUAAUUUGCUACAUCUUAAUACUAAUAUGAUGAAAUAUCUAGACGGAAGUUUCAUGUGCAUCUCACACUUAUUGCGCAGCAGCAAGUGUUGCAGCAGAAAACUAUGAUUGUGUUUCAAAACCUAAUGAGAUUCCUUCAUGGACAGCAUUUGGUGAAUUCUCACUCUAAGAUGCUUAUUCUGAUUUCAACCACGAUGUGCAGAUGCUACACCCGUCUAAAAUACUGCACGUACUGCCUGUAACGCACAACAAUACACAACGCGCCUGCCGUCUAUUUAGGCAACUCAUUCGGAUUUGACACACAGCCGGUAGAUUUAGAGAAGUGUUCACCGAAAUGAUGUGUGGUUGGACAUGACAGGCCCAAUGACUCUUAUGUUUUUCUCACCACAGACCAACUCCGUGCGAGUGCUUGCGCUUGUGCGUUGGCUGGUGUUAAGGCAGCUUCACACAGCGCGUCUUCCUCAUUAAAACUUCGGACAUAUGAGCAUUAAGAACUAAACAUAUGCGAGCUCCGUCGGUCAGUAACCAUAUAACUUAUCUUAAAGGACUUACCUUACAAAAAGGAGACGUGCCAGUAAUGGUCUCGAUGUUGUGAAGAAACAUUCUUAAAUUAAACUUCGAGGGAGCUUCAUUGAUCUGUCUGCACUUCAUAAUUUUUAAUUUAAUCGGAUAUGGAUGCUCCUGAAAGCUCGACGAACCGCUUUGGUCGCACUGUUUGGACUGUUUGGGGUUAUCUGUCAGGGGCUGUUGCGAGAUAUCUCCGACCGGAAGUCACAGAUGAAGGAAACCAAAGUGUUCGUUCCAGAUUAGAUGAUAUUGACUUGAAAAGCACAGCAAACAAGAUUAACAGAGAAGUAAAGGCAAAUAAUAGUGAGAAGGAAGAGAAAAAAUAUAAUCAAAAUGACAAAAGUACAGCAGAGGUCAAGUGUUCCCCGCCUGAAUUCAGAGUGCAAGUGGCCUCGGUACCAUGGGAAAACACUGAUGUGGUCAAGGACGACAAAAAUGAUGAACUUCAUGUUGACACGACAAGAAAACAAACUUAUUGUGCAGUGUGGUCAGCUGAGACCGAUCAUGGAGAGAGAGUUUCAGGUGAUUCAGAAAGCGAAGGAUGCAAGAGUGGCGAGCAUGUUGAGGAAGAAGCAGUUUCAUCCGAUGAGGGUCAGGCUGAAAGAGUUAAUGCAAACAGUGAGUGUAAGGAGAAUGAAACUGCACAAGAGUUGGAUGAAACUGGGCAGAUUGAACAAAAACAUGGUGACAAUGAAGAAUGUGAUCAGAAACGUGAGAAUGACAAGUGUUCAAAGAAGAGAGAAGAUCCAGAUAACGCAGAUGUAACUGUCCAAUCUGAGCUUUAUGGACAAGAUGUAGAACAGGAAAAAGAGAUAAACAUGACGGACCAUGGAGAGACAGAAUGCAUUGGGGGUUUUAAACAUGCAGAUGAAUGUCGUAUUGAUGAAAAGGACCAGGAGAAAAAUGAAAUUGAUGAAGACCAAAGAACCCAAUCACAAGUGCAAGAUUUGCUACCAGAGCUGGAAUGUUCUUCAGAGGAAGCUGACGGCCUUUCAAAAUCUGAAGGUCUGAAAGAAAUGGAAAAAUAUUCUUAUGAAAUUGCUGAAUUGUCUAAAAAUGAGGUUGAGGAGAUGAUUCCUGGAGCUAGGGGUCGAACUGAAAGUGAACAAGACAUGACUAAAUCUGGGUUACUUGAGUCAGUAGAAAUGCUGCAAAUAGUUUCCAAAGAAAUAUCUGAAAAAAACGUAUCAGACACUGAAACAGAACUGAAAAUGACUUCAGUAUUGAAUGAGUUUUUUGAAACCUUUAAUACAUCAGAAGACACCCUGCAGUUGGAUUCAAAACAGGAUACUCCAGAAUAUACUUCAGAAACAGGAACUGGAUCACCUGUGGUGGUCAUAAAAACUGAAGGCACGUUUUCAGAUCUGAUUGUUUGCGAGAUCCCUGGAGAAUUGAGGAAAGGGCCAGAGACUGCAUUGGCAGAGCCUGCUUUGGGAUGUUCUGAGGAGAUCAAAACUAACCUACAUGAGCCCCAAAGUCUUGCAGAAGAGCAAACAGAAAGAGAAACUUUUGUCGCACGCUCCGUUGAGAAUCCUGAGACACAGAAAGCAGUUGAGGAAGCUGUUGAGAUUGAACAAGACAUUGAAAUUCCAAUCGAAUCCUUGGGUGCAACAGAAAGUCAGACACAUCCGGAAAUAGACGAAACCAAGUUCCCUCUUAAGAAACAUGUUGAAUUAAGAACUGAGCCGACUGAUGAAACAACGGAAACAAAUAUCAGUUCCGAAGAUGAGGAAGCAGAACCAUUUGAGACACAAAGUCAAUCAUCAAACACAAGAAAAGUCACUUUUCAGACACAUGAGCUUCUUGAGUUCACAGAAAGAGAAUGCAAAUCAUCUCAAGAAACAAUGGACACUUUCAGUGAAUCACUGGGAAAUUCAAGUGUUUCUGAAAUCACUGAAACUGCAGAGAUAGAGCAUAUUGCAGAGGACCAAACAGAUGUGAAACCUGUAUUAUCAAGGACAUUGAGCCCAGCAGAGUUUCUGGAGGAAACUCUAGAUCUGCAAGGUGAAUCAGAGCAAUGCAUUGAGGAGCAGGAGACUCUGGACGCAGAUGUGGUGAAGACCGCUUUAGAGUAUGUAGAAGAAAUAACAAAUCAAGUCUUGAAGGAAAUGAUAGAAACAGAAAAUAACUUAGCACAAGAAACAGAAGCUUUGGCAGGACUUUCAGCAGACGAUCUUGAUGAUGCAGAAUAUCAAGGACCUGAAGAAUGUGCGUCAGUUGGUGCAUUUGUUCUGGAAGAAGAAAGGAAGUUAUUGGGUGAGACAAUGGGAAGUAUGGUAGAAAUGGAGCUGGAAACCGCAAGUAGGGAAGUUGCUAAAAAAAAUGAGCAACAUAUUAGUUCACCAGAAUGUGAUUCAACUGAAGCUGAUGGACAUCAUGAGCAAGAAACGUACCUUUGUGCUGGGACUGAUCAUGAAGGGAGCAUUUCAUGUGACACAGAAAGCGAAGGAAACAAGGGUGACGCAGAUGUUGAGAAUGAAGCGGUUUCAUCCGAUGAGGGUCAAGCUGAAAGAGUUCAUGCAAACAGUGAGUGUAAGGAGAGUGAAACGGCACAAGAGUUGGAUGAAACUGGGCAGAUAGAACAAGUAGUUGAUAAUGAUGAAGAAUGUGAUCCGAAUCAUGAGGAUGAAAAGAGAGAAGAUCCAGAUAACACAGAUGUCCAAUCUGAGCUUUAUGGACAAGAUGUAGAACAGGAAAUAGUGAUAAACACGAUGGACUAUGGAGAGACAGAAAGCAUUGGAGGUUUUAAACAUGUAGAUGAACAUGAACAGGAGAAAAAUAUUGUUGACCAGAAUAAUCACGAGAAAACUGAGAUUGAUGAAGACCAAGGACCAGAAUUACAAGUGCCAGCUGAUGCAUUUGUCCUUGAAGAAGGAAGGGAGUUAUUAGGUGAGACAAUGGACAGUGGGAUAGAAUUGGAGGUGGAAAAUGCAAGUUGUGAAGUUGUUAAACAAACUGAGUUACAAAGUACAUCAGAGUGUGAAACAGCUGAAGCUGAUGGACGUCAUGAGCAGAUACAGAAAGUCAUUGCUGCAGAAACAGUGUUGAGCAGUCAUGAAGACUUAAUGGAAAUCAGCAGACCUGUGAUGAAAAGAGGAUUUGAUCAAGUGAGCAAAGAACUUCCGGAGGUGAAGAUAGAAGAAAAAUCUGAUUUGGACCUACAGGCGUUCGAGGACUCAUCUUUGGACUUUACCAUUCAGAAGUCUAGAAUUGCUGUGAAGAAUCCUCUAGUUCGUCCCCCUAAAGACCCCAGAAAGCUCCUAUACAAGCUCUCGGUCGAACCGCUUCUCCCAAAGCCUCCACCGUGUUCUCAGAGAGUUGAAGUCUCUGUUCCAAAUAAAGGGGUGAUUGGAUUUAAACUCCCAGGUCUGGGCGCAGGGCUGCCGGUCCUGAGAAAAACUGAGUUUGGGAAGAAAGCGAGAGAAGAAGGAGAAGAAGAGCGCACACUACAUCCACAGCAAAAGUCAGUUGCAGUAACACAGGACUCUGUCAAACAAGAGCAAGCGUCCGCAGCUAAACCCAAAUGGACACCCCCGAAGCAUCCUGGCAUGGGCGGUCCCUUGAUGAUGGCAGAACUCAAAAGCAAACUCAAAAAGCCUGUUAAGGAGUGAAACAUUUCAUUACAUCAUGAUUUUCAGAUGCAUUCUCCACCUAUUUUUAUUUGUCAGUUCUUGUCCUAUUCAAGCAUUAUGCAGUCAGGUAAAUAUUGUAAAAAAUGAAAAUCUAUUCUAUUGCACAAGUACGCAGAUGUAGCACAACAUUUCAUUUUACUUCAGUUUUUUUGUAAGAAGUUUUUUUUUUUUUUUUUUUUUUUUCUUAACAGUUUAACUAUGCUUGUAAGUCUGUAUUUGUGUCUGUAUUUAUUUAUAUUCGAGGAAAAAUAUAAGUAUGAGUAAGCUUUUUUGUAAACUAAAUAUCAAUAAACAUUUUUGCACUUUUCA